AUGCCAUUUAAUGCAGAACAACAUUUCGAGUCAAAAAUUAAGCAAGGGUCCAUUAAAAACCAAAGCACAAUUCUCCGUUUUGACACGCAGCCAUUUAAGAGCAAAAAAGCAGAACGCGAAAAGGGCCUUAGAAGGAUAUGCAAGGAUAGAUUCAAUUUUGAAGACUUCGUCAAGAUCAACAAGAUGCAUAGCAGCUAUGUUCAGGAAUUGAAGGGAAAUCUUUCUCCAAAGGCCUUUUUGGAUGUUCUUUACAGGGCUGAGUUGACCGGUGCUAAGGUCAAAAUUGCAGGUAAAGAGGGAAUAAUCGUUGAAGAAAGAAAAAAUUCAUUAUGUGUAAUUUUCAGUUCAAAUCAGAUGAAGCUUUAUCCAAAAAGAAGCUGGGAUUUUUCUUUAGUUUUUGAUGGGAUUGAGUACCAGUUUUUAUCUGAAAAUUUGAAGACCAAUAGAAAAAUCAAUAACUAA